GUAGGGUUGGGGUUCAGAAUUUGUUCAAAACUUCCUUCCUCUUCUUCCCCUUCCGAAGGGAGAAGAAAAGAAGCCAAAGUUGAACAGAAGCCAAAAGAGAUGGAGGUCAAGUCUGAGCAAAAAAACGCAACGCCAUGGCAUACCAUCCGUCCAACAACCAGGGCACAGCGAGUGGCACAGCCGAGGGAAAGGCAGUCAAUGCUGUGGAUGUUGAGGCAGGAAUGACAGCUGAUCCAAACGGCACAAAUAUGGCGACUGCUCCAACCCAGGUUCCUGUUCUCUCUGGUUCUGCCAACUUUUCGGCCACUGCCGUGCCGACUGCAGCAGGAUCAAUGCAAGUCGUAACGACACCUGCCUCAAUGGCUCCCCUUAAUCGUACAUCCUCUUCCCCUCCAGCCAACCUUCCCGCGUUCGAUUUUUCAGAUCUCAAGGACUCGAUGGAUGCAGCUUUGGCCAGCAUUUCAGCACCUUCUACCGAUGGUACGGCAGCACCGGCAGAAUCGGCGGACGAGAUGCAGGCACAGCUACGAGCCAUGUAUCUUGCUGGCUUUCGUGCUGCCAACAAUGCUCGAAACCAGCAGUCGCUCAGAGAAAAUUUCGAGAAUGCAAUACAAGGGUCAAACCCAGAAGCUGGUGCUGGUUCCGAUCCCAAUGCCGCCUAUGGUUCCGUGGGGUCUGGAGUGGUGCUGGUUCCAGUGGACUGUUCCAUUGCUGCUGGUGUGAUUAAAGUGCAACCCACAACUUCGUCUGCAUCUUCUAUCAUCACUGCAGCAACAAGUGGUACCGAUACUGUAGGGGACCCUGGCAUUCGACGGGUUACAAGAAAUUCUUCUUCUGGUAGCAACAGUUCUGCAUCUCCGGCCUUAUCGGCUGCGUCACCGGGAGGAAAUGCAAACCCUUUUCCACGAAAACUCAUGGCAAUGCUUCGAAAGGAAGACCCGGCUGUGGUGUCAUGGCUCCCAAAGGGCAAUGCCUUCUCUGUUAGGGACCCUGAUAGAUUCAUUGCUGAUGUGCUGCCCCGAUAUUUCCGGCACACCAAGCUCACAUCCUUCCAGAGACAACUCAAUCUAUAUGGCUUUCGGAGAAUUACCAAAGGACCUGAUGCAGGAGCGUAUCGACAUGAAAUGUUCCACAGAGACGAUCCGGAUCGAUGUUUGCAAAUGAAACGAUCCAAACAAAACGGCAGUGGCGGAUCACCACAACUACGACCCAGUCCACGGUCUGCAGGGAGAUCGGGUGGUUCUAGUACAUCGUCGCCGCUACUGACGCCUGAUUCAAGUCCGGGGGUUUAUGCUCUGGAACCAGCCAUCACGAGCCAAAGCGCCCCCACAACACUGACUGCACCGAUCAUGGGAAGACCGGGCCAUUCUAAUGCACCAGAGCAACAACGGCUGGCUCAUUUUCGCAGUGGAUCCCCUUCCCAUCCACCAUUGAUUAUUGCCACUGGGGCUGCUCCUCAGACUGGCCUUGGGAUCCUCAUGACUGACAAUAGACUCCAUGCCAACAAUGGUGCCAACCCACCUGCACUUUAUCAAGUGCCUGCCAUUCGUUCUGCCCAGCCACUUUUGGUCAAGGAGGAUUUAGUAGGCGAUGAAAGCCAUGCAGGUUCUCUAGCAGUACGAAGUGCAAGUCUCACACAGCCUGUCAGCAAUGGAACACCGUCACUGGGACUACAGCCUCCCCCUGCCCUUGUGUUGGCGCCACCCCCCGCAAGCUCUGAAAUGGAUGGCACUAAUUGGAACGCGAACGCUGCCAACACCAAUGUUGUGGACGAUCUUGACAUGGACUUCGUCACACUUUUUGAUCCUACGAACGAAACAGGAAAUCAGAAUACGCAAACCCAGGGAGCUGUUUGGGCAACUGGUGUGCCCUUGCCAGAACAACCUUUGGCAGCAGCACAGGGAGCGGCAACUUCACAACAACCGACGCAACAAACUGUUUCUCUGUAGGCACCAUACACCUAGCUAGAAUCAAAAUGCGUUUAGUAGAGAUUUAUUCUGGUAUAAGAGCUCGAGCCUAAAGUAUGUAGCGACCUCAUGUGUGCCUGUUACGAUACCGGUACUAGCUAGUUCUCCAAAAUCCACGGGGAUAACCAAUACCGGUGUAUGCUACUCUAUAUAAUGGAAGACUGUUGUUGCUGCAUGCGUACUCUUUGAU